AUGAUUAGACUUCAGCGUUUUAAAAAACGCUCUCUUUUUGAUAGAAGAUUUUAUGCUACCCUCAAAGGUCCAUCAAAGGCUCGACAUAGUAUUUUGAGCAUACGAGAGGAAUUCAAGAAGAAUGAUAAUUUAAACAAGAUACGCUUGAAUUCAAGCAGAGAGUCACUGAAGAAUAAUAUAGAUGCAACAGAUGCAACAGAUGCAACAAGGUCGAUCCUUCAGAAUAAAAAAGCAUCGUAUUUUGACCCGGCGAACUCAUCAUUAAACUUGGCAUUGGAUAACACAACGCUUUUCAAUAAGAUUUCCAAGGACGCAGAGAUAAGAAUGAGCAAGAGGUUCAGAGAAGCAUCAAACUCCUGGUUGAGUGACUAUAAGAAGUUAGCUAAAAGUAUACCUAUGAGCUUAGUCAAAACGAAGACGAAAUCGAAAGAUUCUAAGAAGGAGUUGUUAAUACAAGCCGAACUUGAAAAGCAUUUGAAAAAUGCUACAAUAUCGCCUGAAAGUGCAGCAAAUGCAAUUAGCGCUGGUGAUUUAGUCGCUCUAAACAAUGAUAGCGUUAGUUUGUACAUUAUUGUAUCUUGCCCUACCGAUCUUGAUUCAAAUUCAUAUACAUUUAUUAAUAGAGAGGGUGAAAUAGUAUAUGGCCCUAAACAGUUGAUAAAGUUGAGGUUUCCAGGAGCAGUUCCACGCCACUUACUUGGGAUUAUCAAAGAUUUGGUACAACUUGAGACAAAAUACUUGGACAUGGCACCUAUUGGGGUUACUGACGCAACCUUUUCCAAAUCAGAACAAUCUAAGCCAAAGGAAAUUCGUAAAGUAUCAUCAAAGGCUCAAAAAAUAUCAGAGAAUGAUGAAAAUAGGGGCCAUGUUGAUUCAUCAGAGAUUGGUGGGGAUUUUAUCGUUGCUCAAGCAUCUUCACAAUUAUUAACUAAUUCAGAUGUCAAUACGUUUCAUAUCCCAAUAAGGGCUCGUGAAAUUUAUUCAAAAGCUUUAACGCAAAUAUCUAUCAAGACAUUCGAGAAGAUACCAGAAAUAUCUCAGAAGUUAGAGAUUUUGCAUAGAGUUUUACAAUACGAUGAAGAUGGUGAUUGCCUCGACUCUCCCAGAACCAUCUCAAUCUUUUUGUUAUUACACUACAUAGAGCUGUUUAGCUUGAACAUGGUUCCAAAAUUAGUUAGAGAGGGAAGCGAUGCACAAGGCGAAGCAGAUUUAUUUAAAACACUAAGAAAAAAGUUGAGUGAUUCUUUUUCAGAUUUUGAUAAUGAAGCCAAAUAUUCAAAUUUAGGCAAAAUAGUUCCGAAAGACGUGUCAUGGAUGCAAUUUGCCAAUGAAGCAUACCCUGUAUCCACUUUUAUGUCAUUAAUCUUAGCACUAAGGACUCAAGGAAGAUUGUGGAAUAUAAAUCAACAAAAUUCGACGAAUCCACCACUAAGUGUGAAUAUUUUGCCUUUGCGAAAUGUUGACCUUCUUGAGAAGACUAUUUCGUUUUUGAAAUUCAAAAAUGGGGAUGUUAAGUUUGCUGAUUACUUGAUUAAAAAAUUGAAGAAAGAAAAAGUUGAUGUGCCUGAAUACUAUAAAGAAAUUGUUCAGCUUUUUAAAGAUUAUACAGCAGGAAAUUUCACAAAUGAUCCAGCAGCUGAAACGGCACUUGUUUCUGUGAUUAGGCUAGUCGAUAAAUCUUUGAAGGAAGAGAAUUUAUAUCCUGAAAGAUAUACUUCUCUGACCUAUGAUUAUUCAAGAGCUCGAGGAUUUGAAUUAUUACAGAUGCUUGAAGACCCUUUAAAACCAUCGUCUUGCGGAUGGGAAAACCCAGCUAAUUGGUCUUAUGCGCUACAGUUACCAAAUAAUAAUGUGCUGUUGAUGUCCGAUCUUUCUACCGAUUAUUAUCAGUACUUAGAUGAGUCGUUCUCCAGCAAGGAACACCGCCUCAGGGAAUUAGUUGAAGAAGGUAAUUCUAUUAAACACACAAAUUCCAAUUCGGUUUCAUCUUUAGAAGGAUUUGAUGUUGCAUUUUCUCCUAAGGAUGAUGACAUAGAAUUAACGGAUGAUUUUUAUACUUCAGACCCAUUAACCGAAAUAAGGGAAGAUUUUGGAAAUACCCCAAUUUAUUGUAUUGAUUCAGAAACUGCUCACGAAAUUGAUGAUGGUAUUUCUAUUAACACUAGCAAAGAUGGAGAGAAGUAUAUUAUAUCAGUUCAUGUGGCUAAUCCUACUUCGUAUUUAAAGCCAUUUUCCACAAUAAGUAAUAUCGCCUUCAAUAAGGGAUCUACAACAUAUUUACCGGAAGGUCCAUCUAUGAUGCUUCCGAAUAUCAUUUCUAAAAUUGCUGGAUUAGGUAAAACUUCUAGAACAAGAACCUUUGUUAUACAAUAUACAUUGGACAAGUCAUCAGUUGACAGCUAUAUAAAGCAAAAGAAUAAUGAUGAAUUCUUCAAACCCGAUAUCGAGUUUUCUAAUAGCAUUUUGAAGGAUAUUGAAUCUUCGGUCGAUAUUAAAUUGUGUAUGGCUCAUAAUUUUCCUAACAACUUUACUUACAGUAAGGUGAAUGAAAUUCUUAAUAAUGAAAAAGGGUUUGAAUCCUUUAAGAAGGGGUCUAUCACGGAUGUUCAUUCGUCAAAUUUAUUCAAGUUGUAUAAUAUUUCUACAAUUCUCAAAGACAUAAGAAUCAUGGUUGGGAAUGGCCUUGAAAUGAGUAUACCUAGAUCAUCUGUCACAGUAGACUACACGACAGGGAAAUGUGACCAAAGAUUCGAAGUAUCCGAGAAUGGGUAUAAACUAAAAGUGCAGGAUCCUUCCAAUACAAAUAAACAGGCACUUGUCUCGAUAUCAAAUGGGGCUGAUCAAGGUGUUCUGUCUAAAUCUCAGUUGUUGGUAUCACAUUUUAUGAUUAGUGCAAAUUAUGCUGCAUCGAUAUUUGCAACCAAAAAUAACAUUCCUAUAAUCCAUAGGAGCCAACAAAUGAAAUUGGAAGACUCAAUUUUGAAGAAGCUACAGGAAAUAUCAAAAAGAAAGUAUUUGACUAACGAAGAUUUGAGCAUCGAAGAUGUGUCAAAAGUCUUGUCAGUUUUAACAUCGGCGAAGUUCCUGGUUGAAAAGAAACCACAUGAAUCUUUAGGUCUUCAAGGAUAUGCUACUGUCACAUCACCUUUGAGACGAUUCGUCGACAUGAUAAACCACUGGAAAUUUGAGGAAUUCUUAUUAUCGAGGGCUAAUAUUCCUACAUCUAAUAUUCAAGACACUCAGUUGUACUAUAUGGGCAAUCAUUUACAGACUUGUGAACUUAUCAAUAAGAAAAUGCAGAGCUUCUCCAACAAAUUCUGGGAAGGUGUUUUCUUCAAGGAGUAUCUUAAAUUACUCAACGAAGGAGAAAUAUCCAAGCCAGUCACUUUCAAGCUUUUGCUUAAAAGUAAUCCUAAAUUUGGAAAUAUCAGCGUUCACGUACUAGGUUUUAAUAACCUAAAGGCGACUUUGGAAAGCACAGAGGAUGUUAUAGAAAAGUUCAAUACUGGUGAAUUUAGAGUUGGCCAAGUUUUGACUGGUAAUUUCCAGAUCACCAAGCUUGACUACAUAGAAGAUGAACUUGUUUUCAGUUAUAAAUAG